UAGAUAAUAUCACAUAUAUACAGAUGAAAUUCUUUGUGUUUCCAAAAAAAAAAAAUACAGAUGAAAUUCUUUAUAGAGCAUCUUUGUUAGACUAACCUCGUAUUGUUAAUUUAGGCAAAAAAAAAACUUCGUAUUGUUAAGCCUUUUACAAAUAAAAAACUUUGUAUUGUUUAUAACAAAUAUUUUUAUUUGGUUUUUACACAUUUUCUGUUUUUUAGUACCCAAAAGGAUAUUAUUACUUGGCGUAUCACGCGUACAAAAUAUUUUCCAAUCUUAAACCUUAAACGUUAAGAGGCAUCAAAAUGCCUGUAUUGUUAUGACGUAAAAGCAUUCGAAAAAACUUUUUAUUAAAAUACCAAACAAAUGUCCAGGUUUGUACGUGUGCCUAUUAUGCUUAACUCUUAGUUCUCGGACUAACCAAUCAACCGGGAUCGCUACGCAAAACAUUAACGAAUGCUCCUAUUAGAAAAUAAUAAAAUUAGCCAACCAAUCGCUUGAUUAUUUUUAAAAUUAAAUCCUCGUUUGGAGACUAGGCAAACACGAGGGGAAGUGUACACGUUUAUUAUUUCGUUGUUAAACUAAGAUAUGAUUACUCAAAUCCAGCUUUACGAUUCUGAAUAUCCACAACAUUCAGCUAUAUAUAUAAUCACAAUCUUUGCUCAACCAUAUAACUCACCAAAUCUCAAAACACAAACCAUCCUUGAUGGGUGGCACCAAGGAGAAUGGCUCUGGCUCUAGCCGAAAAGCAAUGCGUAAGGAAAAAAGAGCAUAUUUUUUUAGAAAAUGGACAAGCGUCGAUUUAAUGAGAGCUUUAAGUGUUGUGGCCGUUCAUUUGUUGUGUGUCCUGGCUCCUUUUAACUACAAAUGGGAAGCUCUCCUGUUCGGUUUUAUUCUCGCUGCAGUGACUAACCUCAGCAUUACGUUCUCGUACCAUAGAAAUUUGACUCACAAGAGCUUUAAGCUACCUAAAUGGCUUGAAUAUCCUUUUGCUUAUUCUGCACUUUUUGCCCUUCAGGGUCAUCCAAUAGAUUGGGUGAGCACACAUAGGUUCCAUCACCAGUUCACAGAUUCUGACCGUGACCCACAUAGCCCUAUCGAAGGAUUUUGGUUCAGUCAUGUCCUGUGGAUAUUCGACACCAGUUACCUCAGAGAAAAGUGUGGAGCACGUAACAACGUGAUGGACUUGAAACAGCAAUGGUUCUACAGGUUUCUACAAAAAACAGUUGGUCUCCACGUCAUGGCGUUUUGGACCCUCGUCUAUAUAUGGGGUGGUCUACCUUACCUAACUUGCGGCGUGGGUGUUGGAGGAGCAAUCGGUUACCACGGGACGUGGCUCAUAAACUCAGCAUGUCAUAUUUUGGGCUCGAGAGCUUGGAACACCAAGGACACAUCACGUAACAUUUGGUGGCUAGCACCAGUGACGAUGGGAGAAAGCUGGCACAACAACCACCAUGCCUUUGAGGCCUCGGCUAGGCACGGACUGGAAUGGUAUCAGUUAGACAUAACUUGGUACCUUAUUCGGUUCUUUCAGGCUCUCAGUUUAGCCACCGAUGUUAAAUUGCCUUCAGAAGCGCAGAAACGCAAGAUGGCUUUUUAAUCUCAGCUCUAAUUCUAGCUAUUUCAUUUUCAAUUUUGUUUUCGCUCAUCACACGCUCACUUGUUAUUAUGUAAAACAUUUGCGAAUAAUAUAUGGUCUAAUAAAUUUGUAAAACUGGUCGAUUCAGAGUACUUAAGUUAACUUAAUAAAGUGCAUUGCACAA